UCGCUAUUGUUUAUUUUUUUUAAGUGGUUAUAUUCUGCGGCUGUUUUUUUUUAAGUAAAAUAGGAGAAAUCGCCACAUCUAACUCUAAAACCAGCAAAUGAGUUGUUUAAAAUAAAACGAAUCGGAUCUAUUCCACGCAGCAUUAGCUCGCAGCUAGCCACGGUUUCAGCUAGGCUAACGAUCCGUCGCGUCGUUUAAACGGUUUGUUUCUUUCUUGAAAUGUAAAAGAUUUUCAAAACUCACUUUGAAGCAGCGUUUUAAGAAUAGUCUGUUUAAUGUGCUCUCGCUGGCGCUCGUACUUUGUAAAAAAUAUGUUUGUUGUAUUAUAACACCUGAUGUUGACUAUGUAGAAUAAUGUGAUCGGAGUCCGAAUAGGAGAGAAUGGACAGAGAUUUGUUGAGGCAGUGUUUAACAUAUCACGGAGAGUCACUCUUCAACAAACUGAAAUGUGAACAAACUGAAAAUCCAGAUUUUCAAGCGGUGGUGUCUGAUCUGUGUAAAGCUACGUAUGAAAGCAGAGGUGACGGGUGGCAGAGUAGCCACCUUGUGGAGCAGUUCAUUGCUAGGAAGGCAGACAUCCUGUUCUCUCCUGCAUGGAAGACUGUCACGCUCCAAGAAGAGGAGCAUGAAGAGGAAGAGGCUGCAGAGCCCUAUGCCAUCAUGCCCCCAUUGGAGCUGUUCAUGGAGGUUCCUUAUGAAGAAAGAAGGGCAAUGCUGUAUAGGGACUUAGAACGAGGAGACGUGGUGGUGGGGAGGAUCAACAACAUUAGAGAAUAUGGCUUUUUCCUUACUCUGCUCUGCAUGGUGGGGGGACUGAAAAGAGACAUAGAGGAUCUCCAGCUGUCGGCUCUGUGUCACAUUAGAGAAAUUCCUUCCACUGGCAGCCACGAUGAUCCUCUGUCAUACUAUCACGUUGGAGAUCUUAUUAGAGCUGGAGUAAAAGAUAUUGAUCGCUACCAGGAGAAAAUCACAGUGUCCCUGCACCAGGCGUGUGUGUCUCACAGCUUGGAGCAUAUCAAAUUGGGAGAGAUUACCCGGGAAGAGCUGCCCGUACACUACAGCCGUAGUAUUUGUGCAGUGAGUGACAAAACUCACACCUAUGGGCGUAUACUAGAAGGUUGCCAUGGUUACCACAAUCCUUCUGUAGUGGACUACCUGCUGGGAAAAGUGGGUGUUAGUGACACCCAACCACCCUCCAUGAUGAGAGGACUACAAAGUAAACUUUUUGAAGAAGAAGAUUUUGCAUGUGCCAUCAGGAAGAAGCAGUCCAGUUCCUGGGCCUUAAAGUGUGUUCGAGCGGGCGUGGACCACUUUAAACAUGGUCGUCACGUGGAAGCCAUGAAUGAGUACAACAAAGCUUUGGAGAUUGACACCAAUAAUGUAGAGGCGCUGGUGGCACGUGGAGCUCUCUAUGCAAACAAAGACAGCAUCGUAAAGGCUAUAGCAGACUUUGAACUGGCCCUGGAGAGCUGUCCAGAUCACCGCAACGCCAAGAAGUACCUGUGCCAGACACUGGUGGAGCGAGGAAAACAACUGGAGGAACAGGAGAAACUGGUAACAGCAGAGGGACUGUACAGGAGAGCUUUGUCUCUCGAUGACGCAAACACUGAGGCACAAGAAGCCCUCGCCAAGAUCACCGACACCAUACAGAAAUCGAUUCGCCUGCGAGAAGAAGCACUGGCAAAGGAGCAGGUGCAAGCUACGAGCAGCCAGACCAGCGCCGAGAAAUUGCGUAAGCUCUUAAAAGAAGAAAAGAGGAUGAAGAGAAAACGAAAGCGAUCUACUUCUUCCUCCUCCUCCUCCUCCUCUUCCUCUUCUUCUUCCACUUCCACUACAAGCUCUUCGUCUUCAUCAUCAUCUUCCUGCAAGAGGUCAAAAAAGAGAAAAAAACGGAGGAAGAAGAGGUCUGAGCGGGGAAGUAAGCACCAUCGCAAGGUCUUCUCGAGGCAGAACAGGAGGAGUGAGGAGGGUAACAGAGAGAGCGUGAGGAAGAAGAUAGAGGAAGAUGAGGUUGAGGAAUAUCCUGUACCUCCCAACACCUCUGCUACCUUUCUCAACCUGAAGGGAGGCCCGUGUUUUGGAGACCAGGAGGAGGAGGUAGAGGAGAGAAGGAAGGAGGAGGUUUCAGGAGACAGAAAGAUGAGUCGGGUGUACUCUCUGUCAGCAACCUCAGAGGAGGAAAGCUCUGACUCCUCCCACAGGGGACGAAAGAACAGGGACAGUGAGGAGAUGAGGCGCAGACGGAAGAAAGAAGGUAAGUGCAGAAGUCCAGACAGAGAGGAGAGGAGGAACAGGAGCAGGGAGAGAGGGGCGGAGGACAAGAGGCGAGACAGGAGAAGCAGCGAGUCUGCCAGGAGAAGUACCUUAGAUGAGAGCAGGAGACGAGAAGUUUCCUCAUCUUCUGCAGACUCCGAGUACUCACGGAAAUCUCAUUUCCAGUCUGAGUAUCUGCAGACGUCUCAGAGCCAGGAGUCACUGAGAACCAGUUCAGAAAGGAACUCUGGUUCCGUCUCCAGAUUCCUCCACAUAAGGACAAGAAAUGACAGCACCUCGUUAAAGAGAAGCUCCUUAGACGGUAGGUAUGAGAACAGAGGAGGGGAGGAAACCAGAGAGGAGGAAAACCAGAGGGACAGUGGAGUUGAUGAGAGCAGAGGUGGGAGCAGGUCAGAGGGAGGAAAUAGAUCAAGAUCCCAAAGUCAGGCGACUCAGAAUAACGUGAGCGACGUGGCCUCCUCAUCAGUUCGGCCUAAAAAAGACCUUCCUGCUAACCUGCUGGAUAUUUUUAAUCAGAUUGCCCAGUUUCAGAAAGAAAAAGCAGUCAAACAGAAAAAGUAAGUGCUGAGUGUGACGAUUCCACCACCAGGUCGGGGCUAGGUGUGGCCUUCCAGGGAAAAAAA